AUGCCGUCGAAACUUACACCAGUCGCGACAAAGCGCAGACGAGUCGAAGACGAAGUGCGACGGCCGAAGAAGAAAGUGCGGAACUUCAAGAAGCAGAAAAACUACCAUUCCUCAGACGACGAGAGCGAUGAUGAGGAUGGACCUGCACAGCAGCCCAGAGCAUCUGAUGCGCCUCAACGAAGCAAAGAUGAGCCCAAGCGUACUCUGAAGCUCUCCGCGAACUCUGCGACAGGACCCAAUGCUGAGGUCAAGGCUGUACAACGGCCGAAGCCGAUUCUCAAGCAGCCAAAGCCACUGGUGAUCGCAAAGACAACAGAGGAGAGCUCAGCAGACGGCAGGGAAGAGGAAGACGAAGCAACAGACGGCGAUCUCGAAGACAACACAGUCUCCAACAUCGUCAACGGCCUCCCCAACGCGGACGAAGAAAGCGACGAAGAAGACGACAACGACGAGCCAGGUCUAGACGGGGUCUCAGACGACUCCGGCUCAGACGACGACGAAGACCACCCCUCCGAACCAGAAGCAUCAAUAACCUCGAACCAAGCCCACCGAAGCAAGAAGAAGCGCAACGACCCCUCCGCCUUCGCAACAAGCAUCUCCCGUAUCCUCGACACCAAACUCACCACCUCCAAACGCUCCGACCCCGUCCUCUCCCGCUCCAAGUCCGCCUCCGAAGCCAACCGCUCCCUCGCCGACAGCAAACUCGAAGCAAAAGCCCGCGCUCAAAUACGAGCCGAGAAACGAGCAGCCAGCGAGAAAGGACGGGUUAAAGACGUGCUAGGACUCCAGACGCCGGAUGUGGAUACGGGCAAGUUGCUGGAGGAGGAGAAGAGGUUGAAGAAGACGGCGCAGAGGGGUGUGAUACAUUUGUUUAAUGCUGUGAGGGCGGCGCAGGUUAAGGCCGAGGAGGCGGCGAGGGAGGCGAGGGCGCAGGGUGUGGUGGGGAUGCAGAAGAGAGAGGAGAGGGUUAAUAAGAUGAGCAAGCACGGCUUUUUGGAUCUGAUCAGUAGUGGUGGGAAGGGGAAGACGGCUGUCGCCUGA